CAACGGCCUUCCCCUGCGUCAUUCUCCCGCGCCACCCGGAAGCUGCGGUUCUAAGCAACCGUUCUCGCCUGGGGCCCGAAGGCUCUCAUCAUGGCGACGCCCCCUAAGCGGCGGGCGUUGGAUCCCAUAUCAGAGAAAGUGCUGCGCUAUGAGACCUUCAUUAGUGACGUGCUGCAGCGGGACCUUCAAAAGGUGCUGGAACAUCGUGACAAAGUAUAUGAGCAGUUGGCCAAAUACCUUCAAUUGAGAAAUGUCAUUGAGCGAAUCCAGGAAACGAAACACUCAGAGUUGUAUAUGCAGGUGGACCUGGGCUGUAACUUCUUCGUUGACACAGUGGUGCCAGACACUUCUAGAAUCUACGUGGCCCUUGGAUAUGGUUUUUUCCUGGAGUUGACGUUGGCUGAAGCCCUCAAGUUCAUUGAUCGAAAGAGCUGUCUCCUCACAGAGCUCAGCGACAGCCUUACCAAGGACUCGAUGAAUAUUAAGGCCCAUAUCCACAUGCUGCUGGAGGGGCUUAGAGAACUACAAGGCCUGCAGAAUUGCCCAGAGAAGCCUCACUUUUGACUUCUUCCCCCACUCCCUGGACAUUAAAGAACCUGAAUGCCUUUGA